AGUAGCGUUUGGCGAGGGAAGUGCCACCGUGUCCACAGCGAGCAUUACGAUACGUUACCUGAGCCUGCGGACGGCUUGUUUACAGUGGUUGUGCCAGGCCCGGAAAGCCCUGUCGUAACAGCAACGUGUUUUAUUGCUCACAUCUUUAUUCUUUCGUUACAAGGGUCAUUAUAUGAAACCUCCAAUCUGGAUCGAGGCGGUAGCAACAGGAAGAAGAAGAUAGAGGAAUUCUCUAGGUCUUCUCGGGAGAAAAUAGUCCAAUCGAAGAACAAAAUGUUCUCCAAAUUUACGUCCAUUCUCCAGCACGCUGUGGAAGCGCUUGCUCCGUCGCUGCCGCUGCAGGAGGACUUUGUCUAUCACUGGAAGGCCAUUACACAUUAUUACAUCGAGACUUCUGAUGACAAAGCUCCGGUUACAGACACCAACAUCCCAUCCCACCUGGAACAGAUGCUGGACAUCCUGACCCAGGAGGAAGGGGAAAGGGAGUCUGGAGAGACAGGACCCUGCAUGGAGUAUCUCCUGCACCAUAAGAUCCUGGAGACACUCUACACGUUGGGCAAGGCUGAUUGCCCUCCAGGGAUGAAGCAGCAGGUGCUUACCUUCUACACAAAGCUGCUAGCACACAUUCGUCAGCCUCUCCUGCCACACAUCAAUGUCCACAGACCUGUACAGAAACUGAUCCAUCUGUGUGGGGAGGUGCUGGCUGCUCCCACAGAAAACGAAGAGAUUCAGUUCCUUUGUAUAGUCUGUGCCAAACUGAAACAGGACCCAUACCUUGUCAACUUCUUCCUUGAGAACAAGUCAAAGAGACCCGAGACAAGGAGUCCUGGAGGGGCAGAGGGGGUGAAGGAGAAUGUGUUGGCUCCAGACACAGGUCAGUCUCCGGCAGAGGAACAGGCUGCACGCCCAGAGGAGCCUCAAGCUGCAGCUGCUGCUUCUGGCUCUAGUCCAACCAGCAACAACAAUAACAGCAGCAAUUACAAUCUGGUCACCUCCCUGCUCAACCUCACAAAGAGCCCGGAUGGCAGGAUAGUGGUGAAGGCUUGUGAGGGCCUGAUGCUACUGGUCAGUUUACCAGAGCCUGCAGCUGCCAAGUGUUUAACUGAAAACACUGAGCUCUGUGAGCUUCUGACUGACAGGCUGGUAGCCUUCUAUAAAGCCCUGCCACAGUCCAUGGACCCCUUGGACAUUGAGACAGUGGAGUCUGUUAACUGGGGUCUGGACGUAUAUAACCUGAAGGAGGACGCUGCUGUCUUCACAGGAAAGAGGGCUCUCAUCUCCUUUCUGUCCUGGUUAGAUUACUGUGACCAGCUCAUCAAAGAAGCUCAGAAGUCGGCAGCUGCAGUGAUGGCAAAGGCAGUGAGAGAAAGGUUCUUUGUGUCUGUCAUGGAACCACAGCUUAUGCAGACGUCUGAGGUGGGCAUCUUGACCUCCACAGCCCUGCUGAACAGGAUCAUCAGGCAGGUGACAUCAGAGGCUCUGCUGCAGGAGAUGGUUUACUUUCUGCUGGGAGAGGAGAGGGAGCCAGAGACUGCAGCGACUAUCGCUCAGAAUCCACUAAGACACAGACUCAUCGAGCACUGCGACCACCUGUCAGACGAGAUCAGCAUCAUGACACUGCGGCUGUUUGAGCAGCUGAUCCAGAAGCCCAACCAGCACAUUCUGCACAGCUUGGUGCUGCGUAGCCUGGAGGAGAGGAACUACCUGGAGAACAAGCCUCAGGAGGAGCGGGAGCCUCUAGAAAACGGCCAGCCCCACGAUGCCGUCGACCUUGAGGAGGAUCCACUGUUUGGUGACGACCUCUCUCCAGACAGCAGGCUGUCUGGCUCUGAUUGGCUCACCUCGUCUCCACCACAGAGUCCUGACCACUCAAAGUCUGAAGGGAAGACAGAGGUCCACAAGAUUGUCAACAGUUUCCUGUGUUUGGUGCCUGAUGAGGCCAAGUCAUCGUAUCAUGUUGAAGGCACAGGCUAUGACACCUACCUCAGAGAUGCACACAGACAGUUCAGGGACUAUUGUGGGGUCUGCCAGCGGUGGGACUGGAGAGGAAACCCAAAGCCGUUUGAGAAGUGUAACUUGGAAAGCCCAUUCUUCGAGGGCCACUUCCUCAAGGUCCUCUUUGACAGGAUGGGUCGCAUCCUAGAUCAGCCCUAUGACGUCAACCUGCAGGUGACUGCUGUGCUGUCCAAACUGUCUUUGUUACCGCACCCGCACUUGCACGAGUACCUGCUGGACCCUUAUAUCAACCUGGCCCCCGGCUGCAGGUCUUUGUUCUCCGUCAUCGUCAGGGUGGUCGGGGAUCUCAUGUUGAGGAUUCAGCGCAUCCCAGACUUCACCCCCAAACUGCUGCUUGUGAGGAAGAGAUUAUUGGGCCUAGAGCCAGAGGGGAUCAACAUCGACCACAUGACUCUGCUGGAGGGGGUGAUCGUGCUGGAGGAGUUCUGCAAAGAGCUGGCAGCCAUCGCCUUCGUCAAAUACCACGCAGCUGCCUCUUCCUCACCAUAAUCUACCUGCUGUUCAUCCAUCUGCCUCGGCCAGACAGACAGGUCAGGAUAAAACUGGGCCUUUGGGGGUGUUCGGCGGCACCGGUGGCACAGGGUCUGCGAAACAUUACCACUAAGUGGUCAUCCCCACAAGACUGUUAAUGCCCACACGGACGGGUUUCAUUACUCCCAGCUUCUCGCCUCUCUGGCUUCACCAUUUUAAAAAAAAAAAAAGAAAGAAAGAAAGAAAAAGUCUUUGGUCUCAUUUUUGAGCAGGUCAGAGCACAGACACUGCCCAGCCAGCAGAGGAAUAAGAGGUGAAGGAGGAUAGAGGUGGAGGUGCAGAGAGAUGUUCACUGGACUCUUCUCAACCGUUGCAUUUUCUCUCACAUGCCCCCCCCCUCUCCAUCUUUCUUUCUCACCAGCCAAAAGAUGAUAGCCUCUGUAAUUAUUAUGUCACGGAGAAAAGACAUUUGUGUAUUUAUUUUCCAGUCCCAUCAUCACCCAUUUGUAAACAUCAUUGCCUUAGUGUGGAAUCACACCUUUCAGUUACAGAUUGUUUCCUUUUGAAACAUUUUUAUCUUAACCCCUCAUGUGUUGUCUAUUUGGAUGACAAGAGGCUGUAGAGUAAAACUACCCUUUGACCCCUUCAUAUACCUGUAGUUACAUUAAUAUUGAACUGUAGUAUUAAUGAUACUGCACUCAUUUUAAAUGCCAAGUCCUGUUAUUUAUUUGUUUGCUUUCAGGUUGCCUUUUUAACCAGUGUUGUAUUAAGAUAUAAUGAAUUUAAACCAGUCAUAGUAAUGACUGACUAAGCAGAUGCUAUUUACUUGAUUUGUUUUCCCUCUUUCCUCGGUUUGUCUUUAAUUGUUUGUGCUGUCAAAGCUCAUCUGUAAUCCCCAUCACCCAAAGAUGUCACCAUCCAAUACACAUUGUUAAUGAAAUGGUGAAUUUAGCAAAUUAUGUGAAUUUGCACAUGGACCUCAUUACAUUGCACUCGUUACAUUUUUCAAGUCAAUAGGUUUUUGAAAAGUUUUGUUCUCCAGACCCAGUGUUGCAUUUCUCAUGCACCAGUGUUUGUUUUAUCCAAGAGAUACUCUGUUUUUGUUUUUUAUAUACUCUAUAAUCCUCUAUAAUUCUCAAGCCUCUUGAUUUUAUUAAGCGGUGUCUUAAAUACAUCAUUAAUUAGGACAUACUGUAGUUUACAGAAAUGGUUCCCAACCUCUAAAACAAAGCUAAGUCUAACUUGAACACUCUGUUAUAGGCUGAAUGUCUACAGUUCAACCAAUAUUUGAUUCAAACUGCUCAGAUUGUUUUUAUUUCAACAAUCUUUAGAAGCCUGAAGAGGUGAAACUAUCUAGUAUUUUACAAGAAAAAAAGACACUUUUUGUGUGUAACAGUUUGGAAACCACUGUCUUACAGUAUGUCAAGACCUCUGAGUUCAUCCACAGGUUACUAGGACUUCCUAUGAGGUGUUGCGUUUACUAGCAGUAUUGUUUUCAUCGUGAUCUUGGAUGACAUUGCUGUGUAUUGCUGGAACGGGUUUGCUUUGCUAGUGUUAUACUCUGUCGGGUGUUGAUUACUUUAAAUCAAAGUCUCGCAUCACUGAUUCAGUGAUUCUUUACAUAAUUUUUGAAUUAGUCUAAAUUAAGAUACUACUUAAUGUAAAGUUUGUUCUUGUGUUAUGUUCCCUGUGUGAAUGCUUCCAUGAUUAGUAAGUGUGUUUGACGAUGAGCUCGUUGAUAUGUUUGUGUGUGUGUGUGAGAUUUAUUAUUGUUGUGGAGAAUGGACAGAGUCAUUCACGAAGCCAUGAGUCCUUAGUCUUGAGUUUGUUUUCCCCACUUUUUCUUCUGGUCCCACCGCAGACUCAUCACUCAAGCACCUAAGCUACAUAUGCAACUGCUUGCAUGGAAUCAGAUUUGCACAUUUGUCUUUCUUCAUCCUUGUUCAUAAUGUAAAUACACACAACAAAAGCUUUUUGAUUUUUUUUUUUUCUUCCAAAUGUUUUCUUUCAUAAACCAAAAAAAAUAUAUAUCUAGGAUGUACCAGGAGUAACAUUUCUAUUUUAAUGGGAAACCUUUUUUUAAAUUGUCAAUCAUGCACAUUUUUUAAUCAACUAUCUUUCCAACUUUUCUGUACAGUUGUAUAUUGUAUGUGUACAAUAGCAAUAGAGAUAUACUACCUGGUGUAAAUGCAUGCUUAUACAUUAUUUUUCAUCGUUGGAAGAAAGGAAAAAAAGGCAGUCCAGCCAUCUGUGAUGAUUUCUUUAGCUGUCAGCACUUUGUUCUUUGAAGACACUGACAGGGAGAUACGAUGCCUUACUUCACUGUGGAUCUCUGAGGACUCCCAGAAUCAAUAUUUAUGGGGUUUCUGCUUCACUACAGUUUGGUCGUGAUCUUAUUACGCUUCUAUCUUGUGUUACAUAGACUUUGGUUGGUUUGUGAAGAUGUACAGAACUCUCAGUAUAGUCCAAAAUCUGAUGCCAAUUGAUUUCUUUUCUCGAGUCAGCUUAGACCAAUCACUGUAUCAUGUUGCUGCAUUUAAUCAUGUUAAUAUUUCCUCGCUGCUUUCCUCUGGUGUGAAAUGGGACAAGUCUCAUUAUACUUCUAUCUAAUGGCCAGUUUGAUUUUUGUGAUCGUGCAAUGCAUAAUUGAAACAUUAAGGUAAGGUGCAUGCUCAUUCCUCCUGCCUCCCAGUGCUUCACUGAGUAAAAAGGAAAAGCGAUCACUGCAGUCUCUCGUGUACUCAGAGGCAUUGGUUCAUUUAUUCCUCAUCAGCCGUCUUCAUUUCAUCACUGUUAUACAAAUGUGUUAGGUUCCAUUCAGGACAAUAUGGUUUUGUUUAACAUUCUCCGUCCCAAUUAAAAAGAGUUCUUCAGCA